ACGAACGGUUGUGUUUCGAAGACAUAGCAAGCAAUAGAGUUUCAGUGACGAGAAAGCUAAGGAACACGCAAAAAACUACUAUAAUGGAUUUGCGUUUCCAUGAAGGAGGAGGAAGCAGCGUUUGGCAGAAAUGCUCUAGACACCGUUUCGUCUGCGGUGGCGGCGUUUGUCCUUACUGCCUCCACGAACGUCUCUCCUCACUCUGCCCCGACUGCGCCAGCGAUCUCCCGUGUUCAUGUACCCCACGCGCCUCCGUCGACGUAGAUGUUCCCUUCGCUGAUGUCGGAUCGGUUGGCCGCGUAUCCAGCCUGAUCGAAUGCGAGCCGGCGUUUAGGAGAUCCACAUCAAUGUCUGUUCCGUUUCUCCGGUCUACUAAACCGGAACCGGUUGAGAAAACCGGGUCGAAUCUUGGACCUGGUCGUGGACGUUCGCUCUGGAGACUGUUCAGAGGAGAGAGUAGAAGCAAGACUGGUACGAUGAUGAUGAGGAAGUCGAGAUCAGUCGCAGUCUCUGACGCCGGAGAAUUGUUGUCUUCUUCUCCGGCGCCGGUGACCAGCAAGGGAAAUGGUUGGUACUUUCCAAGUCCGAUCAAGGUUUUCCGACAGUCAAGAAUCUUGUUUCAACAAAGAUCUCCUUUGUACAGAGGUUGA